AUGAAAUCUUUUAUUUUGACAGCUUUCACUGCUACUCAUCAUAAUUAUAGUGACAUUAAACCUAUUUGGAGAGUGUUAAACAUCGCCUUGUUGAACGGAAGUAAAGAGUUGAAGGCAGAGAAACGUCAAGAGAUUCAUGAAUUGUACUUUGGUGUCAAAAGGACAUUCCUGCUUUCCAAUCAAAUUGCAAUAAAUCAAUGUGAUGAUGUCAAGAAAUGCAAUAAAUUAUGA